AGAUGUUUCCAGAUUUGGCUCCACUAUUGUGGCACUCUUUUGGCACAAUUAUUGUGCUGCUACAGGAGAUUAUAGUAGUCUACCCUGUCCUUUCACCCCCAACAUUAUCAUUACUUGCUUCAAGUCGAGUCUGCAAUGCGCUUGCACUUCUUCAGUGUGUUGCAUCCCAUCCCGAGACUAGGAGCCAUUUCUUAAAAGCUCAUAUUCCAUUGUACCUAUGUUCAUUUUUGGAAAAUACCAGCAAGACCAGACCUUUUGAAUACUUGCGGCUGACCAGCUUGGGUGUCAUUGGUGCUCUUGUGAAGGCUGAAGGUACAGAAGUCAUCAAUUUUCUACUGCAAUAUGAAUUUGUUCCUCUCUGCCUGCAUGCCAUGGCGGUAGGCAGUGAGCUUUCAAAAACUGUGGCAACUUUUAUUAUUGAAAAGAUUGUCUUGGAUGACGCUGGGCUUGGUUACAUUUGCGCUACUGCUGAUCGGUUCUUCGCUGUGGGGACUGCCUUAGCAGGCAUGGUGACCUCAAUGGAUGACAAGCCCUCCCCAAGGUUGUUGAAGCACAUUAUCCACUGUUACCUUAGGAUCACAGACAAUCCUAGGGGCUUGGAGGCACUGCAGACUUGCCUUCCUACCACACUUAUAGAUGGGACAUUCAACAAUCUUACUAAGGAUGACCCUACAAUGCAGCAAUGGCUCCAAGAACUGUUGGUCAAAGUGAGGAGUGGAAAAAUGGGAGGACUACCUCCUCCAGUUCAAGGUCACAUGCCGAGGGUUUAAACCAACCUGGUUGCUACAAGGCACUGAAAUGAUAAACUAUCCUCAUGUGAAUUGCAGCUAGGGAAUAAGGAAAGGUCAUGCAAAAGAAUCACUUUAUGCUUUCGUUGCUUUGAACAUCUAAAAAUAAAAUAAAUUGGAGAAGCACUCUUGUAUUGAUACUUCUUUGUGACAUGUUGGG